ACCUGCCGUGUCAGAAAGUCAUGUGUUCGAUUGAUUCAACUGGGGACUGCAGUAAAAGGGGAAGGGAGAAAAGCUGUUCCUGACGCAUUCCUAUGUAGAUUUACCGAUUGGUGUCCUGACGUAUCUCGUUUGGUCUCUUGCCUUAUUUUUGUUGAAGAAAGCAAUCUCCUCCGGUUCUUUAUUUAUUGGGGAGGUUUGUUUUCAGAUAGACUGGUGCUGGAAGCCCGGAAGUAACGAGAAUAGAGAAAGAUUUGUGGCUUACAUGUUUGGUUGGUGGAAAAAGAAAAAGUCUUGAUAUGAAAGAGAUUAUUGUCGACCAUUUCGUAUAGGAGUCGGGUCACUUUCUCCCAAGGUGCCAUCUUUAUAAAUUGUUCUCCUUAUUUGAAGGCCCGGCAUGUGGUAAAACAGUAGAAGGCCUUCUGUGGAAUAAGAUAAUUGUGUAAACUCAUGAAAGGAGGAUUGGCUGGAAGGGGCAGAAAAAAGCUGCGGACCAGGAGAGAGAGCCUUAAUUAUGUGUACAGGAGCGAAUCAGAGCAGAAAUAUGGCCUUUAUAGCUUGGAUUUGAGUUAUGAUAUAGAGAGCAAAAUUGAAUUUGUACUGCUAUGUCAGUCAGCGAGCUGGUGGGACAAGCUUCUGUGGUCGGCAUUGCAAAGUGAUCAGUCAUGGGAAAGUCUUAUUAUAUCUUGUCAGGCUCAUCUCCCGUUCAGCUGGUAGAGGGUGGAUUUGAAAGAGAUGUCCACAUGCUUUAGUGAAAGGAGGUCAAUUUAACUAGAAUUAGGGGGUUAGGGCUCACUGCAGGGUAAUGAUGAUGCAAGCAAGAAAGCAGAUUUAGCUCUGCUGUACGUGUCUGUGGAGGGGAGGGCAUCCUUUGUAUGAUCCCAGGAGUUUUUGUAGCCCUUGUUGGGGUUUUCUUUCCCAAGCUGUGGUUUUCAAGCAUGGUACAAGUCGGGCCAGUUGCUGAAAUUUUCCAGUAGGUUGGUGUUCCACAUUUUAUGGGACAUAAUAGUACUUGAGAUUUUUCUUUUGUUGAGUGCUGCUACCUUUUGCCAUGGAUUGGACUUCAAAGAUGCCCUUCCAUUUUGAUUGGGAAACUUUGGCACCAUUUAAUGGAGAAGAAACUGAAAUAUCUGAACCCGCACAGGAACUUAAAUCAAAGAUCGGAAGUGGCGUAGCCAUGGGCAAUGGAUCUGUAUAUUCGUCCAGUGGGGUUCUGUGCUCUAGCUCUGAAAUGGGCAACUGUUUAUCUAAAAGCUCCAUUUCAGCAUCUGUUGAUUCUUCAUCCAAGGCAAUGAAGAGGCUACCAGAGGUCGACUUUGAAUCAGUUGGAGGAUUUCUUGUUCACCAGAACAAGAAUAAAGAUUUAGCUAGGGUGCAUGAUUUCAGAACUUCACAUGCUGUAGAGUCUGCAGAAGGCAUCAAGGAGUCUGUGAUGGGUCUGAAGCUUGGCAAAAGAACAUAUUUUGAAGAUCCUUGUGCUGGGAGUAACAUCAAGAGCCCAUCUUCUUCGGCUUCUUUCACCCCAUCAACCACUUCAGUUAAGAAAUCAAGAGUCUAUCAGCAGAGCCUGCUGAGUUCUUACUGCCAGGUUGAAGGUUGUAAUAUUGACCUCAGCACAGCUAAAGAUUAUCAUCGAAAGCAUAGAGUUUGUGAGAGCCAUUCCAAGUCCCCCAAGGUUGUUGUUGCUGGUCAGGACCGGAGGUUUUGCCAACAAUGUAGCAGGUUCCAUGCUUUGUCUGAGUUUGAUCAGAAAAAGCGAAGCUGUCGUAGACGUUUAUCGGAUCAUAAUGCACGUCGACGGAAGCCACAGCUAGAGACAAUCUCAUUCAAUUCUUCAAAGCUCUCUACAUCAUACUAUGAUAAACAACAGGCAGGUCUUGUUUUUGGUCGACCUCCUUUUAGUCAGAUGACAACCAUGGCAAGUUCAAUAUGGGAUAACCCAAGUAGCUUCAAGCUUACUCAAACCGAAGGAUGUUGGAUAAAGUCAAGUAAAACAGGAGGCAUAAAUGGGCAGCUGCAUUUUCCUAACUAUGGCAACUUAAAUACUGUUUCCACAGUAGGCCACAAUAUGGACAGUCUCUUGCCAUUCAAGAGCGUUACUGCCGAUGUCCUCAAUCAAGAUGUCACUGCUGCUUUUAACUUGGAUGGAGCACCGGAUCUCCGUUGUGCUUGCUCUCUUCUGUCAACUGAAUCUCGCGUUCCACCUAAUGCAAGACCUGCUCCCAGUGUACAGUUUGUAUACACGUACAACAGCGAUGCAGCUCAUCCUGCGAUGCACACAUUUAACACGACGCAGGAUCAGCAACUUCUCGAACAAGUGCUUCCAUUCAGCUCUGGUGGUCAGUUCCAAGAGUCUCUCUUGUUCAAAUCAUCCUUAGGGAUGGGUUUCCUUGACCCCUCCAGUCAGCUAGGUUAACAAACACCUCCGGCUGACCUCCUAAUGCAAGGAUUGAUGAUUCCAGGAACUGGCUAUCUAUGUCGGGUGAUGGCUUUAUCAUGGUGGCACUGCUGCAGAGUAAACAGACCUCAAGUGCUUCCAUUAUUUUCCUUUUUCUUCUCCCCUUGUGCCAAACACAUGUUCCUGUGAGGUAAUUGAAUCAUGAAACAUUUCAUUUCUCCCUCUACUUUGUGUCAAGAUGAGGUGUAACUUUGAGUUCUGCAGCUUUGGUGCCUGUCUUUGGAAUAUACUCUGUGUCUAUGGAAGUGGUUCAACAUCA